ACAUGUGGUAUUCGUUUGAUGAACAUCGCAUAUUGUGUGUGACACACAGUCUGUUCAGGCGGCAUGCCGUGUGCUCUCCUCGUUCAGUGUUCAUAUAUCGAUCGUCAUCGUGAGUCGGACUAUGUAGCGGUAUUGUCGACAAAACAGCUUGAACUCGCUCAUUCAGUGAUAUUCUGCGGAAGAGUAAAAACGUUGUUUUUUUUUCUUCAGUAUCGUGUUUCUUCUUUCUUUCGCGCUUUGUUUUGUUGGUUCUGUCUCUCUGUUGUGAACUUUUGGUUGUUGUCUCUCUGAGAGUGUGACACCGAUAAAAUUACAAAACAAAAGAUUGUUUUUGGUGUUUUUGUAGUGCAACAUAUUGACAGCUGGCUGCCUUUUUGUCUCACACAUCUCACUUGCAAUUGUUGUCAACGUUUAUCCAGCGAAUGAACUUGCUUGUGCUCGGACAAUAAAUUAAAGUGUGUAUAUGUGCUAUAGAAUGUAAUAACGGCGAAAUUAAUGUAUUACUAAAAUUGUACUAAUUCGCCGUUCUAACGAAAAACAAAUUAGAGCUCAGUUAUAGAUAUUAUUACCUUUUUUUUUGUUUCUAUUCGGUUUUUGUUUGCGAUUGUCCGCGAUUUUUGUGUGUCUAUGUAUCAGUGUGUUUAUGACGGAAAACCUGACAUUUUCGUGUUUAAUCAUUUGUGCAAAAUUAACAGCAAUUUUUCAAAGUACACAACAAAACAAACUCCAGAGAGAGGAAAAAAAACGAGAGAAUGUUAAAAUUGCAGUGUUUUCUUAAAAAACCACAACGUCCUGUUUAGCAAAUAGUAUAUCCAAAUCUAUAAAACAAUUUUAAACACACACUCGGACUGCAAGCCAAACACGCACACGGAUUAAAAUUUUCUGUUUAAUUUUUUGUUUGCUUUCUCGGGACGAAACACACAAAGGAAAACAUAGAUUAGAGAGACCGAUUUGUGAAAAGUAAAUGAAAAUAAAAAUGAAGUGAAUACAAAAAUUGGAUUGCAGUAAAUGUACUACUACUACCAGAAACCGAAAUAAAGCGGGCAAAAUAAUUGUUUUGUAAAUGUAAUUAAAAAGCGUGUGUGUCUACUCAACUCUACUGUACUCUGGUUGUCGGAAAAUUGACUUUGAAAAUCGAUUUGGAGUGAAUAACAACACUAUUUUGGUAGCGAACAUUUUUUUUUCGGGGAGAUUUUAUUCUUCUUCAAAACGAGAAUCGCCGCUCUUCCAAACACAGCAUCUACAAUACAAAAAGAGAGUCAUGGGAAAUAAUUUGUGUAGAGAGCGAAUCGCACGAGCGGACAACUCAAAAAGUCCAAUCGAUCGAAUCAUCGGAAGGUGUGCACAGAUUUGUCCGGCGAACGAAGCAAAAUCGAAUUAUUGGCAGAAGCACGUCUUGGAAACCGGACCGCCGACAAGAACGCAACCACAAUCAACAAUGAACGAUGGUUGGCGCAAAGUCACGCUGACUGUUCCAAAUGACAAAAUUAACGAUGAGUCUAAUUUGGGCGAAACACCGGUGGCACCGCCGCGUCGUAAACGCUCAUCGGUGAUCGUUGAUCGUCAACCGUGCGGUUUUAAAGAGCUGUUUGGUAAUAAUGUAUCGCGACGCUCGUCAUGCGACAGCAUUUUAAGAGAUGACAAUCCAUUGACCGAACGCGAACAAGAAUUGCUUCAGCAUAAGCGCAAGAGUAAGUCCAUAUCGGACUUUAAUUUAAAUGAAAUCAAACCAGCCGAUGGUUUGUCAAUAUCAACGAUUCGAAUACCAGUUACACGUACUCUUUCUUUGAUGGAAAGAUCGAUGGUCCAACAAACAAGCCCUCCAAUUACCCGUCUAACACUGCAACGCAAAGUGUCCCGUGUUGGCAACAAAAAAUCCGAUAAAUUUUUUGGUGAAAAUUUAUCCGAUUGUCUGUCCGAUGAUCCAAUUACGCCCGAACCAGAACCAACCAGCAUUUCAUUUACAUAUCACACAAUUAGCACAUUGAUCACACCAAUUCCACAUGCAUCCGUUGAUGGUAAGGAUAAACUAGACGAUUUCAUUGCAGCAAAUGCAUCCGCACCAACAAAAUCUGAGGCUAUCGAAAUUCCAACACCAAGACCAUUUAUAAUAGGCGAACAAUACGAAUCGAAGCAAAUUGCAGACGACGAUAAGAAGAGCAGUCUUGAUAAGAAGGCUGAAUUCUUGAUGGCAAUGUUGGAAGGUACCUCAUCAUAUAGUUCGAUUGAGGAGCCCAAAUCACCGCCACGAAGAUCACAUUUGAAAAAAAGAAAUAGCUCAACACCGGCAUUCGCCGACGCAGUCAACAAUCAAGAAUGUGUUGUUGCGAAAAAGUCAAUUGCAGAGGAUAAAAGUGAAGUCAAGGAGCGGACGGUCGCUAAUAAUGACGAUGCUGAGUAUUACAAGGGAAUGACGCCAGUUGAAGAGCCAUUGAUUGUACCGCGCAAAAGUCCAACUAAACACAUUUGCGACGACGACGAUCAUCAUAUACAAAAGCACAUCGAUCACACGCAUGCAACGCCCAAAGAAAACAAACCAAUUGAAACGACCGAACUGAGCGCUGAAGAAAUCGAAAAGUACAUGAUACAGCAAGUGAACCAUUCACCAGAGAAACCGAAACGUGAUUUGAGCGUGUAUGAAAAGUCAGUUCGGGUGACUCCGACUGCAACCGUACCCACAACUCCAAUCAUUACUCCGGUGAAACCCGUCGAAACUGUGAACGCUGUGUCGAAACCAGUACCAAGGGUGCGACAUUUAUCCCAAGAAAAUUUGAUGUCACAGAAAAUUUUGGCACCACCAAAAAGCAACGAUACAAUCGAUUUGAUGCGCAUCAAAUCCAUGCAAAACAAUACCAGCAGCAGAAGCAACAACAACAACAACAACAACAUCAAUCAGUUUGAUUUCAACAAGUUCAAUGGGGACGUUCGAUUGGAGUCACUUUUGAAGAAAUACACGAGUCAACAAUCAUUCUUUACACAAGAGCUCUUGAGCCAAAUCGCUGAUCGUGUCUAUGGAUUCUCCGAUCCAUUUGAAAUGCAUGAAACAUUCGAUGACGGUUCAUCGAAAUGUAUUCCAAAUUCAAAAUUAACAACCCGAAAAAUUUCCGCACAUCGCAAAGAGUCAACCGUAACACGUCCAAUCUUCGAGAGUGAAGUUGAAGCUACGUCCGUCGAAACGGCUCCGAAAAACGUGCAAAUGGAACAAAAAUUAGUGAAUCCGGACAUAAAUGGAAAUGAAAGUAUGGCAACUGACGUGGAGAACAAAAGCAAAGAAACGGUGAACAAUGCAAAGAACAUUGAAAAUCGACCAACAUUUGUUGAUGAACAAGUCAAACGUGAUACCGAAAGUUUCAUCUCGAUCGAACGAAAUAAUUCCGAAGUGUGUGUUCAAAGUAAACAAGUGGCUAAUGUAACAAGCACCCAAGAAAUCGUCCAAGAGCAAAUGAUUCCAUCGCCAGAAUCAGAAAUUGUGCCGUCUUCCGAAGAGAAGAAAGUCGUAAGUGCGACAAAUCACGUUUUAGAUGAUAUUUACAAAAAUAAUAACACCAUAUUGGACGAAUUCCAGAAGAGUUUGAAGGGCAACACCGUAACGGAGCAACAUAGAAAUUGUGAUAGUAAAUCGGAGAACCUAAAUAGCAGCGAUGAUGAAAAUACGGACAGUGAUAUAACGGUGAAGGAAGUGCCCUGUGUCAAACUAACUGAACCAAAAGACGAACAUCAAACGCUAACGCUGCCGAAUUUUGGUGCUGCUGGAAAACGAGGAAGCAUCGUUGAGGUGGAUGAAUGUUUUCUGAAGCACAAUGAAUUUUCAAACCUUCAGAGACGUGGCUCAGAAAGUAAUACCGGCUACGAUACACGUAAAGUGUAUCCAUUCGGUAAAUCGGAACCAGGUGCUGGUUCGGAAUUUUUCGACAGUAAAUCGCUGUCAAAAAGCGCAGAAAAUAUUUUAAACGACAAUGUUACAAAAGCCGAAUUAACCGUUGAACAAAAGGAAAAUUCGCAUGAAAAUUCUUCCACAAACGACCAUUCAAUCCUAUUGAAGUAUUUAAAAUAAACGAACUAAAACUAAAAGAAACUAUUUAAUAAAUAAAAUUUAAAAAAAACACACACAAACUUUACUCAGUAAUAUACAUAUAUAUAUGUCAUUGUAGAUGCUAGAAAAUAUAAUAAAUGUAACCAAGUUUCAAUUAGAGCUUAGAAAUUGAUGCAUUUGUAAUAAUUGAUGAUUUAUCCAACUGUUAAAUUAACGAAAUAAAUGCAAAAAAAUUUCAAGUAGA